AUGGCGCGUUCGAGGUUCCCGGCGCCAUUCGCGGUGACCCUAUUGAUUCUCCGCUUCCUUUCCCUGGCGUUCAGCGUUUCCGCACUUCUCGGCGCAGCUUACACCGCAGCCAAUUAUGGAUACGGCAGGGCGAUGGUCGGCGCUUUCAUUGCGUCCGUGUGGACGAUGGUGGUAGAUACAACAGAGAUCUUCGGGCUGACAGACCACACGCGGCGCACUCAUCGCUGCACGGAGGGAUCCCUCGGCUUCCUUGACCUCCUGACCAUUCUCCUCAACGCCAUCCUACCAGCUGUGAAUCUCCCAGCUGCCACCAGUUUGUCGUGGGAAUGUGGAGGCCUACCACAGGACCAGUGUGAGGAGGAAGAGCAAUUCCGAUCCGAGACUCUCAAUGCUGCAUUCGCGACGUGGGUCCUGCUGAUUGUUUUGGCGUGA